AUGAUUGUUCAUUUUAAAACAACUAAUAUUAAUUGUUUCUACGUUAAUCAAUGUCUUGAAAAAUUACGAGAAGUAGCUCGUGAUAAAUCUGGUUCAGGAAAUAUACUUGAAGCUAAUAUUGAGGCUGCUCGUGCUCGUUGUACACUUGGAGAAAUAUUUCAAGCAUUAGAAGAUGCUUUUUCUCGUCAUGUUGCUGAAUCAGGUCUAGUCAGUGGAGCAUAUAGAAAAACUUUUGAUGAUGGAAAAAAUAAUAAUGAACUAAAACAAGUUAUUGAUCGAGUUGAAAAAUCUGCAAAACUCGAAGGUCGGCCUAAAGUGAUUGCAUCAGCUUUUACUGAUGUUGGAUUUGAUGUUGACAUUAGUCCUUUAUUUGCUACUCCAUCAGAAGUAGCACGUCAAGCCAUUGAUGCUGAUGUUCACAUUGUUGGUGUUAGUACAUUAGGAGCAGGACAUAAAUCUCUUGAACCUGAAUUAAUAAAAAAACUUAAUGAAUUACGUACACGUGAUAUUAUUGUUACUGUUGGAGGAGUUAUUCCACCUCAAGAUUAUCAACAAUUAUAUGAUCAAGGUGUUAAACUUAUAUUUAGACCUGGUACACGUAUUCCUGAAGCAGUUAUUCAAAUUCUCGGUCAUAUUGAAAAAACAUUUAAUUCAUCAAACAAACCAAAAUAA